AAGCUUGACACCUCCUGUGUCAAGGCUUGACACACCUCCUGUGUCAAGGCUUGACACACCUGUGUCAAGGCUUGACACACCUCCUGACACAUUAGUCGCACUUGUGCCCUUUUACCCACAUAUAAUAAGCAGUCAGUGACCCUUACAAACCCAACAAGACGUAGUAGUGGUAGUUUACUCUGAGUAUCCUGAAGAAGCACACAGUAAACUAGAAACUGUAAGAUUCACCAGUAUACAAUGCCUCCAAAACCACAGGCAAAAAAAGGAUCACCUCCCAAGGCACAGGUAGUUAAAGAUGCACCUGAAGAGGACAGCAAAGAUGUUGCGUUGGAGAGAUUUAGUUUAGAGUUACGCUGGUGUAUACAGCAACUUGAACUUUCUAUGGAGAAAAAGAAAGGAAAAUCAAAACAAGCUGAUGAUAUGGUAAAAGCACACAAGACUCUGACCAACAGUAAAGCACCACUCAUAAAGAAGAGGCAGAUAAUGAAUGCUUUAUUUGGGGAUUACAGGAAGAAAAUGGCCGAGGAGGAAAAGAAGUUUAGAAUACAACCACCAAAAAUGAAAAGCAAGUGUGUUCUUCCAAGGGACUCUGUAUUCUUUAAGAAAUCUCAUGAACAACUACAUCACAAAACAGAAGACAAAGAAUCAAGUACCACAGAAGCCAGCUCUGUAAAUGACUCUACUGAUGAUACUCACAGUACUGAAGCACAAGAAAGCUGUGCUCAGGACUAUGGUGAAGAUAAAACAAAUAAUGAUAAGUACAAUGUGAUGUUGACUGACUGUAAACCAACUGAAAAUACUUUCAAAUUUAAUUUUUCAGUGCCUUCUUAGACAUAAAUUUAUUUAAAUCA